AAAGAGAGAAACCUGUAAUGUUAAUAAUAGGCACACCAAAAUUUUUAAGUGCAGCAAACAAGAUCGCAGUAUCUUCCCCAAUCUGGUUGCAAUAAACAGGAUCGCUGUAUCUUCACCAAUCAUAUUGGGUCGAUUGCGAUUCAUCGUAAAGAAUCUCGAAUUGGUCUCAUUUUCGGAUUCAUCCUGUUUAUAAGCCAGUGUGAGAUUAGAUUCAGAUCCCAUUGCCAAACCCAGCCCUAAUUUUCCUCAUUUCGCAAGAUUCUCUCCGAUCUUUUCAUAACCUCCGAAAGUUUUUAACCUCAGUUGACUCCCAACCCUAAUCUUUUUGAUUAUUCCAUAGCUUUAAUCGUUGAUUUCAAGAUACGUUAAUGCUGAUAUUCAGCCGUUGAUUACUCUUACACCCACUUGAUCUGAUUCUUUGAGGUUUGGAAUAACCGAUUAGUUGCUCCUUCUCUUUCUGUUCAUCCAAUAUUCUUCAAAGAUGACAGACGUAGCGAAGGAUUUAACAGCAGGAACAAUAGGAGGGGCAUCACAGUUGAUAGUGGGACACCCAUUUGACACCAUCAAGGUCAAACUCCAAAGUCAACCGGUCCCACCACCCGGUCAACGCCCUAAAUAUUCAGGCGCCAUAGAUGCUGUUAAACAAACAGUAGCAGCAGAGGGACCACGAGGCCUAUACAAAGGCAUGGGUGCCCCUCUUGCUACUGUUGCUGCAUUAAAUGCAGUUUUGUUCACGGUUAGGGGUCAAAUGGAAGCCCUUUUGCGGUCUGAACCCGGGGCACCCCUAACCGUGAACCAGCAGGUGGUGGCUGGAGCCGGGGCUGGAGUUGCAGUCGCCGUUCUAGCCACCCCUACUGAGCUAAUCAAGUGCAGACUGCAGGCCCAAGGUGCAGCAGUCACCGGACCAGGGGCGGCAGUAACUGCCGCCAUAAAAUACAGCGGCCCAAUGGAUGUAGCAAAGCAAGUUUUAAGAUCCGAAGGCGGCAUAAAAGGUCUUUUCAAAGGUUUAAUCCCGACAAUGGGGCGGGAAGUCCCGGGAAAUGCCGCCAUGUUUGGUGUCUACGAAGCCCUAAAACAAUACUUCGCCGGAGGAACCGACACCUCCGGCCUUGACCGUGGUUCACUGAUAGUCGCCGGAGGUUUGGCCGGAGGUGCAUUUUGGGUUUCGGUUUACCCUACGGAUGUGAUCAAGAGUGCAAUACAAAUUGAUGAUUAUAGAAACCCUAAAUAUUCGGGUUCGAUUGAUGCUUUUAAGAAGAUUGUUAAAGCGGAAGGAGUUGGAGGUUUGUAUAAAGGGUUUGGACCCGCGAUGGCUAGAAGUGUACCCGCUAAUGCCGCUUGUUUUUUGGCGUAUGAGGGUGUGAGAUCGAGUUUGGGUUGAUUUUUAAAGGUUUAAGAAUAUUGUUUUAAUAAAAGGGUUUACAAUUUUUUUUAUAGUUUUGAUCAUGAAAGAGUAGUUUUGUUUAUUUGAUUGUAAGGUUGCCCUUUAACAUUUGGUUGAUGAAAGGAAUCAUGAAGGAUUUUGGGAUA